AUGCGACCGGCUCUUCUUCGACUCUUGAAGAGGCCGUCCGCCCUCUCCAUCCUCGAUUCGCUCGCAGCUACCCCGAUUGGAAUUGAGCAUUUGGAAUCCAGAUACACGCGUCUGCGGUGCCAGUCGCGAUGCGCUCGGGAAGUAUCUCUCGAUGAGACCAAGGGGAGCUCGUCUACACAGAAGCUUGGAACUACAUUGCAGUCGCAGGGUGAAGGACGGCCCUUCGGCUUUAAAAUUUACGAAAUCGAACUGUCGAACGAAAAGCAUUCCUCCGUCCCUUUACAUCGCGCGGACAAUUCACAUCAAACGGAUACCGCGGGUUAUGUUAGAAACUGUCUCUGGCUACAACAAGAGCAGUUGGAGUUUGAGUCGGAUAUAGGACACACAGAAGACCUCGGAACACGACUAGUGGACAACUCGGCGCAUCGGCACGACUUCGAGCUCUGGGAGGACCUGUUGCGGUUUCGCCAGCGUCAUUAUGGUGACAAAGGCACGCAAGAUAUCUGGGAGGGCCUGACUGUUCGCUUGGAUGGCGUAAAACUUCCUGUCGCCGGCGAACGGGCAGACUUCUUCUGGCAAAGCUUCGUGGACAUGGCACUGAAACGAGAUCUUUUUCUUAAGGAUGUCAUGGAGUAUGCAAUCGAUAUCUGGCAUAAUCAAGGUGCUUGCUGGAACCAACUAUAUCAACAAGUCGUUGGUGGUCUUUUUGACCUAGGAAUGAAAAAACAAGCCAUGAAGUGGCAUAGGAAAUUUCAAGGUUGUGGUCUUGCUCGCCCUGAUGAGGUGGUCAAGGUUCUCCCGUCAGCAAUUCGUCCGAAAAAUCUUCCAGCCAGCGCAAAAUCGUCGACGAAUGUUCAAAGACCACAAACCUUUCACAAACUCUCGUCUGUGCGAAAACUGCUCAUUUCAAUUCCAGGCCAUCAGAUCUAUGGUCGAGCCGUUUUGACCCUUUUACAACAUGGGUUUGGAGAAGAUGCCAUCACGAUGCAUAAACAUCUGGUGCGAUACGAAGAUCAUCCUAACACAUUGGAUGAACUACAGCCCCUCAUGGAAUACGCAAAGAAAUACGGAUUUCGGGAAGAAUUCGAACUACUGCGAGAUUAUGCCAAAACCCGGUUCAAAGAAGAAUUUGCAGCCGCCGAAAGAGGAAUGAAAGCCACGGAAAGGACAGCUUUGAAAGGUGCAGAAGGGAGUGCUGCCAAAGGAAAACCCUUCAAAGAUGACAUUGGGGCUCGGCUAUUUGCGACAAGGGCCCUUAAUUUCGACAUGGUCAUUGGGACGAUGAAAAUGCUUGGCGUAUCAGCAAUCGGGCCACGAACCGUACGUGAAAUGGCCAUCCGAGCUCAGAACAGCCAGGAUAUCCUGGACAAACUCCGAAAGCUUCGGCAAUCCGGAAUCUCCAUUGGAGACACAGUGUUCACGCGCCUAGUCCAGAAGCUAGCUGCGCAAAACCGCGAUAUCCUGCUUUCGGAUCUGUUGAGCAGUGAUCAGCAUCCUGACGUUCUCGAGGACGUUGAAUUGCAGGAAUCACUCCUCGUUUCCUACUACAUGGCCCGUGACUCACGCCAAUACAACAUGUCUCUGGCGGUCUUGGCAGAGUUAUAUCCCAAUGCUCCGGACUUGCUAGAUAUUCACUUCCGCAAACACAUCGCAGCGGGACAAUUUGACGCCGCUUCCAAAGUGGCAGAUGAACUCGCUCUGCUUGGAAGACACCUCAACGAAGUCAGCGUGGAUUACAUGGCAGAUAAAGUCCUGACGGCCCGCCGAAUGAACUCUCGACCACCGCCCGGGAAGCUGCUGUCGACUGCAGGCGAGGUGAUGUUUAUUUUCAAGAUCUUACAGCGCGUGGUCCCCGCAGGAGGCUAUGUCAGCGCGGCAUUCUGGGUGGAGCUGUUGAAGCGGCUUGGCAUGUCAAACAAAUUUGACGAGCUUCGAGAAUGCUGCCUGUGGCUGACACGUGAAUAUUCCCCGACGACUCACCACCAGCGAGGGAAACCGUGGGAUCCCUCUGAACCCGCGGCACCGUUGCCCGUACGAGAUGACCGGAUGCUCAGACUCAUUUUCUCACCGGCGAUGCAGCAUGCCAUCGUCCAUUGGGGCUUCAUGAUCCGUGUGACCUCAAAGAGUGAGUCAAAGCUCGCCUACACGGAUCCCACCUCGGGGACUAAGCUGAUCCCUUGGAUCCGGGGCUUUCUACUACUUCGGGAGCUGGAACAAGCUGGUCUUGGACUCCGGAGGUGGGCGAUUCGCAAUGCGGCUCGGGCUCGGCUAGCGAUGCUAUUCAGCCGAUGGUGUCCUUCCCAGCGACGUAUGACCCGUAUGCUGCGAAGGAACAAUCCUUACAGUCUCCAACGAGUAUCGGCGGAUAUCCUUCAUGCCUGGGGUGAUUCCGCUCUAUUCCACGGAAUGGAAAAGGAAAAUGCCAAGUCACUGGUGAAUCCUCGGCGUACAAAAUAUUCGUUCCGGCGCACUGCGCGAGUGAGAUUGCCGCGGAAGAUGCCACGGUGA